ACGAACGCGAACCAGGCGAAACAACGAACUAAACAAAAAAGCCCCUUUUGUCUUUAGGGCACAAAGGAGAAGAAGACUUUGAGGAGAUUAAAGAGAUCCCUUUUACUUCCUUCUCCGAAUCUCCAGAUGGGAUCCGAUCAAAACCCUUCCCGGUCCGAUACAUCGGAGAUCAAAUCCCGCAUCUACCGCCUAAUCGGAACUCAAAGAGCCAACACUUACUUCCACCAGCUCGGGCGUUUCUUCGCCUCGAGGAUCACCAAGCCCGAGUUCGACAAGCUCUGUCUCAAAACCAUCGGCAGGCAACACAUCUCGCUCCACAACCGUCUCAUACGCUCCCUAAUCAAGAACGCUACCGUCGCCAAGUCGCCUCCUCCUUCGAGGUACGUGAAGAAAGGCGGGAGCUUUGUUAGAUUGAGCAAUGGGAAACAGAGCAUCCGUAGGAAGUUUAGAGACCGGCCUAGCCCGCUUGGUCCGCUUGGGAAGCCUCAGAGUGUUACUACUACCACCACGAGUGCUACUGAGUUGAUGUCUCUAGGGAGCAGACCUCCUUUGGAAGUUGAGGAAGGGGAAGAGGUCGAGCAGGUAGCUGGGAGUCAGAGUGUGACUGCUCCUCUUGGUGUGGGUAUGAGUCUCAGGAGGAAGGCUGUGUCGUGUAGUGGUUUUAACACUUGUCAGAGCAGCGGUGAGUUGCCGGAUACGAGGACGCUGAGGAGCAGGUUGGAGAUGGAAGGGGUUAAGGUGUCUAUGGACUCUGUUAGUCUUCUUAAUAGUGGGCUUGAUGUGUUUAUGAGGAGGUUGAUUGAGCCUUGUUUGAGUUUGGCUAGUGCUCGAUGCGGUGGGAGUGGACAGCAAAGGAGGAGGCUUUCUUCGUGUGUGUGGAUGUCUGAUUUUCGUGCUGGUAUGGAGUUGAAGCCACAGGUUCUUGGAGAGGAAUGGCCUAUACUGCUGGAGAAGAUAUGUUCGCGUGUUUUAGAUAGUAAAUGUUUAGCAGAAGGGACAUAGAUUAGGUUACUAUACAUAGCAUUUGAUUUCAAUCAUUGGCUAUUACCUGAACCUGUAAUUGGGUUUGUUGUUUUGGUCCAUUGGAAAGUAAAAAGUUGUUUAGAUGGUUCAAGUUUACAAGCUUUGAAGAGAAGAAGUUGGGUCUCUGGUGUUGUACAAGUUCAUAUAGUAGAGUGAGAUGAGAUUCAAGUAGAGGUUUUAAAGUAGACGCCUUGUUGUUUGACUCUUUUUUUUUUUUCUCCUUUCUUUGCUCUCUGAUGUAACAAAAUUUAAUAAUGAAAGCAAAAAGGAACAUUUCACUUU